GAAACGCAGUCCAAGAACCAACGGUGAUGGGCUCCUGGUGUUGCUGUGCUGACGGAAUGAACGGCCAACAGAAGCCAACACAGAUUCCUCUGCGGCGCCGGAGACGGCGGAGACAAAGCACAAGAUUAAUUCUUUAAUUUUGGCGCUUUUAAAUUUCAAAAUUCUCUGCUCUUUCCAAUUCCUUCCAUUGGUCCUGUCUAUCUCUCUCUUACUCACUCUCUCUCCUCUUUAUAUUUUUUCUUCUGUCUUCCUUAAAAGAGUUCACCGAAACCCUGGAACAGAUCGUUUAUUGUGAUCGCUAGGGUUUGACAUAUCGAAUUUGAGGAGGAGCAAAUAUGACGUCUCUUUCACAGUACCCCAUCGAGGCGCCAAUGGAGGCCACUUCAUGUGGUUCUUUACUCAAGGAAUUGCAGAUUCUUUGGGAUGACAUUGGCGAGACUGACCUUGAAAGAGAUCGGAUGAUACUUCAACUUGAACAAGAAUGUCUAAAUGUCUAUAGAAAGAAAGUAGAUCAAGAAAGAAAGCACAAAGCAUAUCUGGUACAGUCAUUGGCCGAGGGUGAAGUUGAAGUCUCUAAAAUAAUCUCUAGCUUAGGAGAGCUGGGGCAAACCAUUCAGUUAGGAAAACAAAAAUGUACGCUCAAAGAGCAGCUUUCUAAGAUAGAUCCAUUGCUGAAGGAUCUGAGGAGGAGGAAAGAGGAAAGGGCUAAGGAAUUUUUAGAGGUUCAGUUGCAGAUUGUUCACAUCUGCACAGAAAUAUCAGGUGACGUCCAUUCAAGUGGUUCUGCGUGCCCUCAAGUUGAUGAACGGGAUUUGACCUUAAAAAGGCUUGGAGAGUUAAAGUGUCAACUUCUUGAGCUGCAGAAAGAGAAGAAUACGAGAUUACAGAAGGUUAAUGAUCACAUUAAGACAAUAUAUGAACUAUGUAGCAUAUUAUCUAAUGAUUACAAUAAGACGCUCCUUGAAGUUCAUCCUAGUUUUGUUGAUGCUGUAAACACCCAGUCAAAGAGUAUAAGCAACGAGACACUUGCUAGACUGGCAGGAACCAUCAAUUCACUGAAGCAGGAGAAAACACAUAGGCUGCAGAAGCUUCAAGGACUUGCGAGUAUGUUGAUAGAGUUAUGGAACCUCAUGGACAUUGCCAUGGAUGAAAGAAAUAAAUAUGACCAUGUCACUAUGCUGAUAUCAGCUUCUUCUGAUGAUGUGUUAGGCCAUGGUUGCCUUUCAAUGGAUGUGAUUGAUCAGGUGGAACUUGAAGUAGGGAGAUUAAACAUCCUUAAGGUCACUAAAAUGAAAGAGCUUGUCUUAAAGAAGCAAGAUGAGCUUGAAGAAAUCUAUAGAGGAGUCCACAUGGAUUUUGAUAGCGAUGCAGCACGACAGAGGAUUAUAAACAUCAUAAAUUCUGGGAAAGCAGAUCUCUCUGUAUUGCUUUCUGAUAUGGACAAUCAGAUUUCCAUGGCUCAGGAGCAAGCUGCACGCAGGAAAGACAUUUUGGAGAGGGUGGAAAAAUGGAUAUUUGCAUGCCAGGAAGAAAACUGGCUUGAUGAGUAUGAAAGGGAUCAAAAUCGCUACAGUGCUGGUCGGGGAGCACAUAUAAACUUGAAGCGUGCAGAAAAAGCCAGGCUAUUAGUCAGCAAAAUACCAUCUCUACUAGAAACUCUUACAGCCAAAGUUAAAGCUUGGGAAAGUGAUAAAGGAGCGUGUUUCUUGUAUGACAAGAAAUCACUCCUAGAAACCUUAGAUGAAUAUGCUAUCAAAAAACAGCAAAGAGAUGAUGAAAGACGCAGAUCAAGGGAGCAUAAGAGAUUACAGGAGCAGUACGCUACAGAGCAGGAGGUUUUGUUUGGCACAAAGCCUAGCCCAUUAAGGAACUUAUCAGCUAAGAAACCCCUGGGUCAAAGCAAUUUAAACUUGCAGGGAGGAACUCCUGUUGGCCGCCGAUUCUCAACACAUUUGUCAAGACCAGUGAUUUUAUCAAAUAGCAAGGACAAGAAGGAUGGAAACAAGGUUGCUACAGCAAUACCAUUGAACUUUGUUGCUCUUUCAAAGGAUUGCUGAGUGCUGAGAUGGCCUCUUGCAUGUUGUAUCUCACUUAACCAACCAGAAAAGAAAUAGCUUUGAAAAGAUUAACCACUAAAGUUAGAACUCAUCUUAUGUUACAAUGAUAUGAAAACUGCAAGUUUUCGGAUGGAAUAUGUACGGAUGUCAGCUUUGUUUAAAUCUUGAUAGUGCUUCUU